CAAGGACUUCCUGAGGUGAAGCCAGCCCUGCCACCAAGAGGUGACAGUGAGUGGAAAGGGGGACCUGGCACAAAACCCCUCCGUCACCGAGUAUGGCCCGGCCAUGGCUCCAUCUCUGCAUCUGCCUCCAGAUCCCAGGUUUUUAUACAACAUUACUUUUAACCCAGACUCCAGAGCAUAUCCUAACCCAAACUGACAAUAAAACCGAAAUCCUGUGUGAGCUGAGGAAGGAGCACACCGGGGUGUACUGGUACCGCUGGAGCCAGGACAGGCAACGUUUCGAGUUCUUGGUGUUCUCCAACCCUCUGGGCAAAGCCACCUACGGCACAAACAUGAGCCAGGACAGGUUCAGCGUGGCUGAGGCGAGGUCCCACAGCUCCUCCAGCCUGCACAUCCAUCAGCUGCGCCCCUCGGACAGCGGCACCUACUACUGCUCCGUGUCCCAGUCCUCCCAGCUCCUCCUGGGCAGUGGGACGCGGCUCACAGUGGUUGAUGCUUUGCCUCUGCCUCCAAAGACUACACAGACUCCAGUGUCAAGAAAGCCUGUACCACGGACAACCAAAAGCAAAGCUGUCAGCAGGACAGGUCCCUGCAGCCCCCUGGUCUGGGUGCCACUGGCCGCUGGUGUCCUGCUGCUCCUGCUGGGGCUGGUGCCCGCUGCCCACCGCCUCUACCGUGAGUACCCUGCAGCAUUCUGAGGGGUGCCAGGCCCCGGGGCAGCCCAGGGGCAGCCCGGGGAGCUGGGAGGGGCUCCUGGCACUGACAGACGCUGUCUCUUCCCAGGUCUGCGGCGGAGGCUGUGGCUUCGCAUCCACAGGCAGUAAAUUCCAGUAAACCCCAGUAAAUCCCAGUAAAUCCCACUGCCCCCCCUGCCACGGAGUCUCCCCUGCAAGAGGCUGAGCACUGCCUGGACUUGAGUCAGGAAGGACCUGGCAGGGGACAGCCGUGGGCUUGUACCACAAAAGAGACAUUCCUUCCCUGCAGUAGACCAUGGCUUCAACAUUUUCCUUGGCACAACAGCUGGCAAAAGGACCAGGCUGGAUUCUGCAGCAUCCUGAACACUUCUCAAAGGACACUGAGUGGGGAAAUGCCACCUCUGGCUCUGCACGGGGGAAGGAGCUGCUGUACCAAAGCUGUGAGCUCCUGG